UGGUCACCAGCUAAUCCUGGGGGCGGGGGCGGAGAGAAGCGUGAGGGAGAGAGCGCCCCAAGGGAGUACACACGUGUGUGUGUGUAUGUAUGUGUGUGUGCAUGUGUAUGUGUACAGACACAGAGACAGGGAGGGAAAGAAGAGGGAGGGAGGCGCUGAAGCAUCUCAGACGCAGGCGCGAGGAGUCGGGGAACCUUGUGAGAAAGUUACCGGGGGAAAACCGGGGCCCGAGGCAGGAGCUGGUCACCUCCCACCCCUCCCUGAAGAAAGCGGCUGCGGGGUAUCCAGGCAGGAGUCGUGCACUGCACAGCAGGCCCGGGUCUGGUUCGGGGCGCCAGACUGAGCCCCGAGCCCCGAGCCGCCCAGUCUCCCGGGCCAUUUUACCACCUGCGCUUUGCACACCAGAGGAGAGCUGGAGGAAGCUUGGGCGAGCUGGUGCCUAAACUUGGAAGGUGGAUGCUGACCGCCAGAGGGGUGACUCCCGGGCGCUGAGCCCCGGGCACCACUUAGAGCAGCCGGCCCCUGGACCCCUGCCCUCCCGGAGCAGGCUGCGGGGGACGUAAGCUCACUGCUAUCGUGCCCUCCGGCUGCAGCCCGAGCUCCCCGGGGAAGCCGGGGCGCUCCCCUCGGCAGCGCGGCAGCGGCAGCGCCCGAGGGACCAAGCUAACGGGAGACGGUGGUCGGGCUGGGCAGGUAGGUAGGGGCGCCCGACUGAACCCCGAGGGCUGUCUAGGGAGCCGCCGCCGCUGGCGGCUCCUUUCGGUCCCGGGGCCAUGGCUUGCGUAGGGCGCAGGGUGGCAGCCGGGCUCUGAGCGCUCUUCGCGCUCGCCUCUUCCCUUUUUGGACUCCUCUACUGACUUCCGUCCGGGCCAUGAAGACCUUCUCGAGAGCUGCUCGCCUUUGAGACCUCCCUCUCCCCUUUCUUCCUUUCCCGAAAUCCGCGGUUUGGCCUCGGGGUCCCUCCCCAGCUCCGACCGCUCCGGACCGUGUGUGCCCAGGCGAGGCGCUCGCUCGGGGAUGGCGCCGCUGCCGCUGCCGCCGCCGCUGCCUCCUGCGCGCGGGCUCCAGGGGCUUCUCCAAUUCCGCAAAGUUCACAGGCGGCGAGAGAUGUGGCUGCAGCAGGUUGGCUUCAUCUGCGGGGUCCUGUCCUUGGUGUGGUGCGCGACCAAUCUGCUAGCCAGCCUCGGACAUGAAACAGCUUCCAAAGGCAAACAUCGAUUACCUGAAGUGUGGAGGAACAGAAAGCUGAUGGCAUCAGUUAAUGGAACUCAAGAGGCUAAAAACUGCACAGAUCCUGCAAUCCAUCAGUUCCCCACAGAUUUGUUUUCCAAUAAGGAACGGCAGCAUGGAGCAGUCUUGCUACACAUUCUUGGAGCACUUUAUAUGUUCUAUGCCUUGGCUAUAGUGUGUGAUGACUUCUUUGUUCCAUCAUUGGAAAAAAUCUGUGAGAAACUGCACCUGAGUGAAGACGUUGCUGGAGCCACAUUUAUGGCUGCGGGAAGCUCUACACCAGAGCUCUUUACUUCCAUCAUAGGUGUAUUCAUCACACAUGGAGAUGUAGGGGUUGGCACUAUCGUUGGCUCUGCUGUUUUCAACAUUUUAUGUAUAAUUGGAGUCUGUGGAUUAUUUGCAGGACAGGUGGUCCACCUGACCUGGUGGGCAGUGUUCAGAGAUUCUGUAUUCUACACUCUGUCUGUCGUCGUACUCAUUGUGUUCAUCUAUGAUGAGGAAAUUGUGUGGUGGGAAGGUCUGGUGUUCAUCAUUAUCUAUGCAUUUUACAUACUUACCAUGAAGUACAAUGUGAAGAUACAAGCCUUUUUCACAAUCAAACAAAAAAACAUUGCCAACGGAAACACGGUGAACAGUGAGCUGGAGGAUGGUAAUGAUUACUAUGACAUUAGCUAUGAUGAUCCUUCCGUGCCAUUGCUGUGGGAAGUGAAGGAGAAGCCUCAAUAUGGCAAAAAUCCAGUGGUGAUGGUGGAUGAAAUCAUGAACUCCAGUCCCCCACAGUUCACUUUCCCUGAGGCCGGAUUACGCAUAAUGAUCACUAAUAAAUUUGGACCCAGGACCAGGCUGCGGAUGGCCAGCAGGAUCAUAAUCAAUGAGCGACAGAGAUUGAUUAACUCUGCCAACGGUGUCAGUAAGCCACUGCAGAACGGGACCCACGAGAACACUGAGAAUGUGAACGUGCCAGUGGAGAACCAGGAGGAGCCCCAACCUCAGCAGCAGCAGCAGCAGCAACAGGAACAGCCAGAGCCUGAGUCAGCAGAAACAGAUUUCCUCUCCCCCUUUUCCAUGCCAGAGGCACCCAUGGACCGAGCAAAAUGGAUCUUCUCCUGGCCCCUGAUAUUCCUACUGUUUUCCACAAUCCCAAACUGCAGCAAGCCGCGCUGGGAGAAGUUUUUCAUGGUCACCUUCAUUUUCUCCACCCUCUGGAUUGCUGUGUUUUCCUAUUUCAUGGUGUGGCUGGUGACUGUUAUCGGAUACACAUUUGGGAUCCCUGAUGUUAUCAUGGGCAUAACUUUUCUAGCAGCGGGAACAAGUGUGCCAGACUGCAUGGCCAGCCUAAUUGUGGCCAGACAAGGCCUUGGAGAUAUGGCAGUAUCUAAUACCAUAGGGAGCAAUGUGUUCGACAUCCUUGUAGGACUGGGAGUACCAUGGGGACUGCAAACCAUAGUCAUUAAUUAUGGAUCAACUAUAAAGAUAAACAGCAAGGGGCUGGUCUAUUCAGUUGUGCUAUUGCUCGGAUCUGUUUCUCUUACUGUACUUGGUAUCCAUCUAAAUAAAUGGAGACUUGACAAGAAACUUGGCAUCUACGUGUUGGUGCUCUAUGUCGUUUUCUUGUGCUUCUCGAUAAUGAUAGAGUUUAAUGUCUUUACUUUCGUCAACUUGCCAACGUGCCGAGAAGGUGAUUAAAGUAAAGCCACUGCCCCUGGGAGGGAGACCAAGCUGUCCUUGAGACCUCACGAAGAGGGCAUUUUCUCUGAAUUUCCAUCCCAAAAUAUGAGCAUCUUUCCUCCAUCACCAGCUAGCAGUCCACCCUUUUACUUGCUGGAAGGAGGAGCAAAUGAUGACCUUUGGUGGGUUAUAGGAACUUUAAGGCCUCUGAGGCUUUUCUCUCCUCUUUGGAGUUUCUCUCUCAAGGUCGCCUGAUAUGGAGGAGAAGGCGUAAAAGGAGUCUCCCAGAACACUGAGCCUCAGGGACAAGGAGAGAUAGUUAGGGUCUCCUUUUGCACACUACAAUGAGCAAGACUAGUGUGUGCCCCUUCCCUACAAUCUCUGUUACCCCAACACACAGCAUUUGUCUUUCCCUGCUUCACAUUAAUGCUUUCAGAAACAAAGCAGUCUAGUAAGUCAGAACUCUCCUUGUCUGCUUUCAAAGUACAAACGUUGCUCUCGAAUUUCUCUGCUGGACUGGGAAGCCAAAUUACAUUACAUGGCAUGCACUGUUGAAAACUUUUACUUCCCCUGGAAAGGCUUGCUUUAUGGAGGCCUGUGUCAUCGGCAUGUUGGAGUAUUCAGCGAUGACAUUGAACAUGCCAUCACUUGUCCUGAAACCUUUGAAGAAUAUGCACAAUUCUUACAGUGGAAGAUGGAAAAGUGGCAACUGCCAUCACCUACAAUGAUGCACUUGGAGUAUGAGCUAUGAAAUAUUUAAAAAAUAACACCUCUGCAGAUAAUCAUAAUUGAAUAUGUCAUACCACCUGGAAGGAACAUGGUAGAAAAUGAAAAAAGUCAUGCUUGUGGGAAGGCAAGCCUAUCUAUAACAUUUUCAGUGGCACUAAAAAUUUAAGCUAGAGAUAGAGAAGACAAUAAAAAAAAAACCUUAAAAUUUAAUUGGGUGCUAACUCAGUAAUACAAUGGAAAUUGUCAUGAAUAGCUUAAAAAUGUGUUUCUUACAUAAACACAUUCUGUAUCUUCUAUGUGA